AUGGGUGUGAGUAUCACACCUGUGUAUCAUAAUAUGUUUGCUUUAAUGAGUGAAACAGACAGGAUCUGGUAUCCCCCAAACCACGUCUUCCAUAUAGAUGAAUCAACAAGGCAUAAUGUACUCUACAGAAUAAGAUUUUACUUUCCUCACUGGUAUUGCAGUGGCAGCAACAGAACUUAUCGGCAUGGGAUAUCUCGAGGUGCGGAAGCUCCUCUUCUUGAUGACUUCGUCAUGUCUUAUCUUUUUGCUCAGUGGCGGCAUGAUUUUGUGCAUGGAUGGAUAAAAGUGCCUGUGACUCAUGAAACACAGGAAGAAUGUCUUGGGAUGGCAGUGUUAGAUAUGAUGAGAAUAGCCAAAGAAAAUGAUCAAACUCCACUCGCCAUUUAUAACUCUAUCAG